UUAGCUGGGUCUCUGUAGGUUGGUUCCUGACUCGGCAGCGGUGGCAGUACGGUACUGUGACAUAGGAGCGUCCAACACAGACGAGGACGAGCAAAACAGAUGCCCUUGAAGCAAGGAACUGGACGUUUGUUCUGCUUGUCAAUAAUCACUCCCGGCGGGCUUUCCCAUGAUGGCAGAGCUCAGAGCGAAUCAGCAUACCGAGUACCACAGUACUCCCGUGCCACCUCUGCAACCCCUUCUUCCAACGUCAUCCCCUACCCCGAAAUCUUUCUGCUCGUUUCGAUCCUAUAUGAUAUGAAUUCGAAUCGUCAAAGCUCGCCGCUGGCUCUUUUGAACGUCAAUCUCUCUGCUGCCACUGUGCGAGGAACCUUGGAGAGAUGUGGCCCGUAUCGGCCCCCCUUCCAGAAGCUCGUUGGAAUGUUGGAACUUGUUGGAAUGGCUGCAUUGCUGCUCAUCUCCCGUCCCGUUUGCGGCGUAGCAGUCUGAUCAAUGCCGCCGCCCCUCGCCGGUUUACCUUCUCGACGAUCAUAGGCUCUCUCGUCCUCGCUUCUGCUGACUGUGCGGCGCACUGGCUGGUGUUGAUCACCUCUCGUCGUCGUGCCCCGUGUUCUGCAGCCCUUCCACGUGCCCUCCUUGCCCCUGGUGCCCAUCUUUCAGAAGAUUGGGCCGACAGAUGACGUCCGGGCCAGCCUUGGAUACG